AUGACGACUGAGGUGGCAUUUGACACGUCUAUGGGCUCCUUCACCGUGGAGCUCUACAAUACCCAUGCGCCCAAGACAUGCAAGAACUUUUCGACCCUCGCCCAACGCGGCUAUUACAACAAUGUCAUCUUCCACCGCAUCAUCCCUAACUUCAUGGUCCAAACUGGUGAUCCCACCGGCACCGGCCGAGGAGGUAGCUCCAUCUAUGGCGAGAAAUUCGAGGACGAGAUCCGUGGAGAUCUGAAACACACAGGUGCUGGAGUUCUAAGCAUGGCCAACAGCGGGCCAAACACUAAUGGCAGUCAAUUCUUCAUUACUCUUGCGCCUACACCCUGGCUGGACGGGAAGCACACAAUCUUCGGCCGAGUGAAGAGUGGCAUGCGAGUGAUUCAACGCAUGGGAUUGGUCAAGACUGGCGCGGAGGACAGGCCAGUGGAUGAGCUGAAGAUCAUUCGGGCUCAGGUGGUUGAGUCAGAGUCACAGGAGUGA